AUGGGUCGCUCAAAGGCAACGGCACGCCGCAGCAAGCCGGUCGCAGAAGCUCCCGCGAUUGCUUUCCAUGAACCAUGGCCUGUUGAGUUUGUCAACCAACUGCACAUCCUCCCAACCGAUAGCGAAGAACAGACUCUGGGCAAAGAUGCGGCAGAGCCGCCUCCUAAGCGAGUCAAACGAUCUGGUGAAGAGACCGAGGCAUUUCUUGUGGCGAAAGAAGAACUGGAACUUGUGCGGAAGUGUCCAAAGGAAGCACUGGUUGAUGAUACGUAUUGGGUUUGCCACCGCAAUAUUGGGUCUUAUCUGCGUAUAUGGGUGAACCGGUCUAAGGAGCUGAGAAUUUCCGCCCGGCCUCGAACUGAUGCCCUCUCUAUCAACACUUCAGUCACGAUUCACUCCAACGUCAUCACCGACCGUCUAGCAGCAUGCCUGGAUGUUUUCGCAAAGCACUGGAUCAAGCCCGUCAGAGAAGGUGAGAUUUGGGUUUCCCUUGACGCCACUUUGAACACUCAAGGAGAAUAUCUCAGGGUGGCAUUCUGCUUCAACCUUUAUUGGAACGAGACAAAGACACCCUACAGCUGGUUGCGGUCGUCAAGCGAGCGCAAGUUGAGCCAGCGGAUUCUUGACAUCUUCUUACCUGAUAACACUUCCUCAUCUGCCACACACUCAGUGCAAGAAAGCUGGUCUCCAUUGGACUUUUACGAGGCAGCUCAUGUCCCUGCCGCCGACGACAAGACGGCGCUAUCGAUCGAGGUGCCAGAGUUGACUGCAUCUCUUUAUCCUUACCAGAAGAAGACUGUUCAAUGGCUUCUCAAGCGAGAGGGCGUGCGUUGGAAUGAAUCCAACAGUGAUUCUGUCCCUUCUAUUCAAGACUUGCCAGCUCCUCGGGAUGUCGAUGGAGCCCACAGCUUCCGCAAGAUCCGGGAUGAACUGGGAACCGGAAGACCUUUCUACGUCAGCCAUUUGUAUCACGUCAUCACUACCGAUCUCGCGCCUUUCCAGCAUGCUGAGCAGUCCGUCAGAGGUGGCAUUCUAGCCGAAGAGAUGGGUCUCGGCAAGACGCUUGAAGUCAUUGGCCUCAUUGCGCUCCAUCGUCGACCGCCCACAAAAAACGUUGUGCAUACAAGAGAAGGCGAGGAGCUCCUGACGACUGGUGCUACCCUAAUCGUCACGCCAGAUUCGCUGAGACAGCAAUGGAUCGAAGAACUUGGACGCCAUGCACCCCAUCUGAAUGUCAAAUACUACCCCGGGCGCAAGAAUGUCAAGUUCGAUACCGAGGAGGAGCUUCGAGCAGAUUUAGCAUACCAGGACGUUGUCAUAACGACUUACCCGACCCUAUCGGCAGAGGUUCACUUUGCGAUGAAGCCUCCUGAAAGAUCUCGGCGUCAAGAGAGGAAGUACGAACGUGCAGGGUCGCCGCUUACGAAGAUAUCGUGGUGGCGCAUCUGCCUUGACGAGGCCCAGAUGAUUGAGAGCGGAGUUACUGGCGCAGCAGCCGUCGCCAGGGUUCUUCCUCGCAUCAAUGCUUGGGGCGUCACUGGAACACCCGUGAAGAAUGACGUCAAAGACCUGUACGGUCUUCUCAACUUCUUGCGUUACGAACCCUACGCCUCGUCAGCACAGAUCUGGAGAGCCUUAACAGAGUCACACAAAACCCUGUUCCGCUCUCUCUUCGGAAGUAUCGCUCUGCGUCACACCAAGCAACUGGUUAGACACGAAAUUGCGGUACCGCCACAAAAACGGUUCGUUAUAACCUUGCCGUUCACUGCUGUGGAGGAGCAAUACUAUGGCGAGAUGUUCAAAAAUAUGGCUCGGCGUUGCGGUGUGGACAGCCUCGGUGCUCCUUUGCAGCCAGAUUGGAUGCUUGAGGAUUACGAGAAUGAGAUGCGCACUUGGCUCAACCGACUAAGGCAAUCGGCUCUCCACCCUGAAAUCGUCCAGAGACGAGGCACUGGUCGCAAAGUUGGGCCCAUGCGCACUGUCGAAGAGGUACUAGACGCAAUGAUCGAGCAAAGCGACAAUGAUAUUCGAACAGAUCACAGGGCGUACUUGCAAGCUAGACUCACGCAUGGCCAAAUGCUUGAGAAUAGCCCCAGGGUGAAGGAAGCCCUCGAAAUAUGGGAAAGGGUGAAGCAUGACGCUGCAGUCCUCGUAGUGGAGUGCCGGCAAGAGUUGAAGGAGGUUCUGGAAGAACUGGCCACCACGCGCAAGAGCAUAGCCUCUGGCCCGGCACAGGAAACUCAGGAUGAUGUCUCUGCCUCGGACGACGUUGAUGAAGAUGGGGUGGAUGACGGGGCAAACAACGCUCGCAUCGGCGAGGCUCGGGCGAAACUGCGACAUGCCUUGGAGAUUCUGCACAAAGCUACUUUUUUUUGUGCCAACGCUUUCUUCCAGAUCAAGUCUAAUACCGACAUGACUGAACCUGAUUCAGACGAGUUCAAGAGGCUACAGCAGUUAGAAGAUGCUGAAUACGGAAAGGCCCAAGAAAUCCGGCGAGAAAUCCUCUCGGAAAGCCACGCCAGAGCAAUGUCACUGAUUAACAAACUGGGACGACAAGCCCAGAGCCAGUCGUUUGUCGAGAUUCCAGAACUCACCUUUACUGAGAUGAAAGGCCUGGAAAGUGGUCCAACGCUUGAAAUGCUCGAAGAGCUCUGCGGCAUUUUGAAUGAACAAGCAAACCGCAUCGAUGAGUGGAGAGAGGCUGUUAUCGGGCUGCUAUGCCAGGCACUGAUUGAUGAAGAAGCAGAAGCCGAGAUCACAGGCGAGGAGUUCACGGACUCCACCAAGAUCCAGGAGGAACUCAUUGUCUACGUGCAAGUCUUGCGUGCUGCCAUCGCCGAUCGCCAGGAAGCCAUCUCAGGCCUUGGGAAUGCACUGAUCAAACACGAGACGAGAGUUUCUCUUGCUGCUGCUGAGGAAGGCGACGGCCCAGCCCCAGAAAAGCUCCUUGCCCUGUAUCGCCUUAGGGACGGGGUAAAGCCCUUACCAGAAAAGCAUGGCUCUCUCCGACGCGUCAUUGCGGAUCUUCGAGCCAUUGCCUCGCGAUUGCCAAAAGAUGGUGCUGGCGGACGGGCAAGCACUGAGAGUGAGGUUGUGUACCGACAGAUAAAAGCUACUCAGGCACAUAUCACCUCCCAGACCAAGGCUGCAACGGCUCUAGAACGCGAAGUCGACCGUUUCACGAGUGCUAUGAACGCCAGAGUCGAGUACUAUCGGCAGCUGCAAGCUGUUUCCGACAGUGUCGCCCCCUACGAGGGCCCGAACGACGACCAGGCCGUAGCAGCUUGUGUGGCGAGUGAGGAGAGAUACCGUAACAAGCUCGACUCGGUCAAGGCGAAGCAUCGAUACUUACUUAACCUCAAAAACGAAGGAGGCCAGUCUAACGAGCCUCGAUGGUGCAUCAUUUGCCAGACGUACUUCACGACUGGUAUUUUGACGGUUUGCGGCCACGAGUUCUGCAGAGAUUGCUUGAAGCAAUGGUAUCGAGCACAUCACAACUGUCCGAUGUGCAAGAGGAAGCUCCGGCUUACUGAGCUCCAUGAUAUUACUCUCAAGCCUAGAGAGUUGAAAAUGCACGCAGAUACGGCCACCGGCCCAUCGCCCGAAGUGAACAGGAAUCAGACCGCCAAGACCAGUGGCAUAUACUCUCACUUUAGCUCCGAAAAGCUUGCUCAGAUCAACAACAUUGAACUGGCUUCUUUGUCCUUCGGAACAAAAGUCGACACGCUCGUACGGCACAUUCUCUGGUUGAGGGAAUCGGAUCCUGGCGCCAAGUCCAUCAUCUUCACUCAGUACAAGAGCUUUCUUGAAAUUCUUGGUGCAGCGUUCGAUCGCUACAAGAUUGGAUUUUCCACCAUCGACCGACCCAAUGGGAUUAUGAAGUUCAAAGAGGACCCAGGUAUCGAGUGCUUCAUGCUACAUGGGCGGGCCAAUUCUAGUGGCCUCAACCUUGUCAACGCAAGCCACGUCUUUCUGUGCGAGCCGCUGCUGAACACAGCGCUCGAGCUGCAAGCGAUUGCUCGAGUCGACCGAAUUGGCCAAAAGAAUGAGACGACUGUAUGGCUUUAUCUGAUUGAAGGCUCAGUGGAAGAGUCCAUCUACAAUCUGUCAGUCAAGCGACGCAUGGAACACAUGGGCCAAAAUUCCAAAGGAAAGUCGAAGGAGUUCACCUCCGAUGUUCAAGAACCUACUCUGGAGGCUGCGAACACCCUCGAGUUGGAGCAGGCUUUUCUGAACCGUUUGAUGAGCAGAGACAAGAACGCAGGCGAAGCGGUCGCUGCGGAAGACCUCUGGGAGUGCCUAUUUGGGCAGGUGUCACGGCGAAUCACAACGAGCAUCGCGGAUGGAAUGAUACAAGAUGAGAAUAGCCGAUGA